CAUGUUUUCCCUGAACACAUGCAGCAGUUAUGGUGACGGGAUCAGUUCAGUGAGACGCAAGAACACUUUGAGAGGAUCAAAAAUUAAAAGUCUGUUCUGUAAAUCUGGCAAAUGGACAAAAGGAAGAAAGGAUCUCCUACAGAAUUGAGGCUGAUGGUGGUCGGUAGCAGUGGACACUCUCAGUUCCUACUGACCAACGCCAUACUAGGGAGGGAGGUGUUUCCUAAGGACAUCACCAGCAUUUCUGGCAGCAGGAAAAACACUGGAGAGCUGGCUGGAAGACGAGUGGCUGUGAUCAAUGGGCCAAACAUCUAUGACAAAGGUAUGUCUCCGCCCAAGAGGGAGAUGGAGCUGAGGAGGUCUAAGUGCUUGUGUAUCCCUGGUCCCCACGCCUUCCUUGUUGCGUUCGACAUGGACAAAAUCUCCCCGAAUGACGAGAAAACCCAGAGAAUGAUGAAGGAACACUUUGGGAAUCACUGUCUGAGGAACUGCAUGGUCCUCCUGGCUUCUGAAAGAAACCCAGACGCCCUCUUGGAGGACAAGCUGCAGAAGACCGACUGGCACCUGAGAGAACUCAUCGAGAAGUAUGGCGGACGCUUUCACGUUUACAGCAAGAACUGGCGAGACCGCAGCCGGGACAGAGAGCUGCUGCAGAAGAUAGAGAGGAUGGUGGCAUCCUUAGGGGGGGGCUACUUCUCCAGCAGAACUUUCCAGAAGGCGGAGGACUGCGUGAAGAAGGAGGAGAGGAAGCUCCGGAAGAAGAGGUCAGCAGAGAUAGAGAAGGCAUGGACGGAGAUGGAGAAGCGGUACAUAGCGGACGAGUUGUAUCACCAGAAGGACGCCUACACCGCCAGUGUUGGCGCUGAGAUCAGAGCCAAGGCAGAGAUGGACAACGGGUGGCUCAGAACGUCCCUGGUCAGAGGGCUUGGGACGGGUUUUGUUGUGGGGGCUGUGAUGGGAGCAUUGGUCGGGUCUAUAGAGGGGCCAGGAGGGAUGGUUCUUUAUGGGAUCAUAGGUGGUGCGGUUGGAGGAUCAGCAGGAGGAACAGCCCAGGUAGCUAUAAAGCAUAUGGAGGACAGAGUGGCUCCAUCUGCCAGACUGAACUUUAACUCAAUCUUUAUCAAUCGCUUCUUCACCGCCGCUCGACCAAGAAUGGCCUCUACCGUCGGCCUCCUCUCUGAGAAGCACUUCUUGUGCUCCCUGUGCAGAGACAUCUUCACCAGCCCGGUGACCAUAGCGUGUGGACACAGCUUCUGCUUGUCCUGCCUGAGCCACUACUGGGCCCGACACCAAUCCAAAUAUUGCCCCCACUGUAAGAGAGUGUUCACUGACAGGCCCGACCUCAGCGUUAACCAUAUCCUAGCAGACAUCUCCGACAACUACAGGAAGACUCGGCCACAGCAACCACCUGAUGAGGAAAUGGUUAUAGAUUUCGAGCAGAUGAUCCUGGAAAGGCUGCAGAAGAUAGAAAGGUUGAAAUAUUCUCUCGAGGUGCAGAAGAGCUCUUACCUGAGGGAGGUGCGAGAGAGUCAGAAGGUCUUCUCUGCCCUGGUGUACGCCAUGGAGAAGAGCCACAAAACAGUUGUUACUGCAAUCGAGGACAGACAGAGAGACGAGGAGAAGCGAGUGGAGACGCUGGUGACGGAGCUGGAGCAGGAGAUCCAGGAGCUGAGGAAGGAGACCACUGAAUCUGACCACCAGAUUUCUGUGAUCGACGAUCAGAGUGACGACACAAAGCAAAUUAACCUGAAAGCUAUUUCCCUCUUGGACAUGAAGGACUGGUCCAAGGUCACUGUAGAGACAGACCCUUGUUUCGGGGUUACCAGACGAGCACUGUCGGACAUUGUGGACAAGAUGAGAGCAGAAGUCAACAGGCUCUCCAAAUCUGAACUUAAAAGAACCGAGAAAUACACAGUGGAUGUCAAUCUGAGCGCCAAGACAGCACACCCCUUCCUCUCGGUCUCAGAGGACAGGAAACAGGUGAGGCACACGGACAAGCUCCAGGAGGUGCCAGAUAACCCUAAGCGCUUCGACCGUGUGGCAAACGUGCUGGCCAAAGAAAGCUUCGGCAGUGGGAGGUGCUACUGGGAGGUGGAGGUCGGGGAGAAGCUUGAGUGGAGCCUGGGCGUCGUCAAAAAGUCCAUAAACAGGAAGGGCAAGUUCACCGUCUGCCCUGCGAACGGUUUCUGGACUCUAAGCCUCAGGGCUGGAGGCCAGUUCGUUGCCAACACCUCUCCCAUCACCCCAUUGGCUCUGGAGCCGAAGCCCAGGAAGGUUGGUGUGUUCGUGGACUACCCAGCGGGCCGUGUGUCCUUCUACUGCGCAGAAUCUGGGGUCCACAUCCACACCUUCACAGACACCUUCACUGACAGGCUUCAUCCCUUCUUCGGCCCUGGUCGCCUGCACGGCGGCAAAAAUGCUGCUCCUCUAAUCAUCGGUUCCAGUUUUUGCAGCAUCUGAGGAUCAAACUCACAU